AUGUCUUUAUCACAAGAAAGAAGCUUUACACUUCCAGAUUCAGGUUCUCCAUCGAGAAUAGCCUACUUUGAAGAGUCCAAUUUGGCCGUCAUUGUUACCCACCCAUGGGGUCCUCUAGGCGGCAACAUGCAAAACAAUGUCGUCUUGAACGUGGCGCAAUUCUUUCAACGUUUGAAGGUUACCACCCUGCGAUUUGACUUUUGCGGGAUGCAGGUUGGAAGAGGAUAUUCGCAAAUAGAGCAAGUCAAGGAAUGCGCCAAUGUUUUGCUAAAGGGAAAGUUUCUGUCCUCGCAGCAGCAGCAAAAUCUUCCUAAGCAGAUCUUGUUGGUGGGAUACUCCUAUGGAUCCAUCAUUUGUGCCUCUGCCACGGCUUCCAUACCCGAAUGCAUUGGCAUGGUAUGGAUUGCUCCACCACUGGGAGUUCGACGGUGGCUAUACCUCUUUGCUGGUAAUACACAUUUGGAACAGGCCCGCAAACGACCGGAACUACCACAGCUCAUGAUUUUGGGGUCCAAUGACAAUUUCACGUCAGUCAAGGAUUUUGAAAAAGUGGUUCAGACCAUGCCACAAGAAACGACAUCAAGCACUGUAUUAAAUGGCAGUGAUCACUUUUUUGGAAGAACGGCAAAGGAUCUUUUGGCAGCGAUUGCGCGCUGGCUGAUUGAUGUUUAUCCACUUCCUGAUAGUGAUAUUAAGGCGCUGAAUUCAUGUGAUAUACCUCCGGUAGCCAUGCCGGAUGGAGAAUCUCCAAGUGGUUCCUGUUUGGGCUAG